ACCUGACGACUGUGACGCACAUUGCUACUCACGGCACGGUCGCUUGCAAUACACAAACACAUUGAUAGUUGUGUCGUUCAGUAUUUUAAGAAAAUUCAUAACACUGCAACUACAUUUAUAUAUAAAAAUAAAAUACCUGUGUAGAAGGAAAUGGAAAUAUUACAUCGACGAUUGUCGCUGUUAUUCGUUGGAUUCUGUUUAUUCGGACUCGUAAAAUUAGAAGAAACUUGCAGCUAUGGACAAAUGGCUUGUGCAUCGGGGGAUAAAUGUGUGCCGCUUAGUUGGAAAUGUGAUGGGGAUGCUGAUUGUCCUGACGUCUCGGAUGAAUUGAAUUGUCCUGCUCAGACUUGUGCACAAUCAGAAUUUGCCUGUGGAACUAAUGGCACCUGCAUACCAACUAAGUGGAGAUGUGACAAAGAAUUAGAUUGUGAGCACGGAGAAGAUGAAAAGAAUUGUGAAGCAUUGCAGUCAGUUUGUACUCCAAAACAGUUCUUUUGUGCAGCAGAUAAAGAGUGCAUUGAUAAUGACUGGAAAUGCGAUGAGGUGGACGACUGCUCAGAUGGAAGUGAUGAAAGCAAUUGCACUGUCAUUGACCGACAUUGUGGUGAGGCCAUGUUCACCUGCGUCAAUGGGCAGUGUAUCUCCAAGGAAUGGCAUUGUGACGGAGAUGCUGAUUGUCUUGACGGUUCUGAUGAACAAGAGUGUGAUGCCAAAUCAUGCGGCGCUGAGCAAUUCAAAUGUACUGACGGCAGUCGCUGUAUUGACCAUUCAUGGCGCUGUGAUGGCGACUUUGACUGCUCAGACCACAGUGAUGAGAAUAACUGCACAGGCUCGGAGCCCACUAGUACAGGUACAGAACAGUGUGAAACCACUGAGUUCAAGUGUGUCAACUCUGGCGAGUGCAUCCACAAGUCCUGGCAAUGUGACGGUGAUCCAGACUGUACUGACAGCUCAGACGAAGGAAAGGAAUCAAAAUGUGUUUACAAUUGCACUGAGAACCAGUUCAAGUGUUCCAACAAUGUGUGCAUUGCCAAGACCUUGCAUUGCGACCACAACAAUGACUGUAUGGAUGGGUCAGACGAAAAUAACUGCUCAACAGUGUGGAAGCAAACCUGUGAGGUGAGUGGUGGCUUUGACUGUUACCAGGACGGAACUAAGUGCAUCAGCAUGGACCAAGUCUGUGACCACAUCAGUCACUGCAUGCAUGGAGAAGACGAGACCAUGGCAGUCUGCAAAACCCAUCUUGGAAAUGGAACUGAGAAGGACCCAUGCAGCCACACACAGUGCGGAAAUCAUGCCAGGUGCAUUACAAAGCCGCUGCCCAACCGCCAGUUCAAUGCAAGCUGUGAGUGCCUUUCCGGCUACCAGAUGCAUGAAGGAUUGUGCAAGGAUAUUGACGAGUGUCAACAAGAUGGAAUGUGUUCCCAGAUUUGUACAAACACUCAUGGUGGAUUCCACUGCGACUGCUAUGCGGGAUAUGUGAAGGAGAAACUUACCCAGUGUAGAGCAGAAGGUAGGAUAUUCUUGCAAGGAUCAUGUUAA